AUGUUAAGACAAUCAGUCAGAGCUUUCUCGACUUCCGCCGUCUCAAAGAUGGCACGUAUGUCUCUUAUUGGUACAAUUGGUACAGAUCUCGAAAAGAAGACGACAAGUUCUGGUAAAGAGUUUAUCAGAUAUGCUGUUGCCGUCAAUUCAAAAUCCAAGGAUGAUGAGACCUCCUGGUAUAAUGUUGCUUGCUUUUUUCCUGCCCAGAUUAACUUUAUGACAACAUAUCUUGGAAAGGGUGCCAAGAUUUUCCUCGAAGCAGACGCUUCAAACACAAGCUAUGAGAAGCAGGAUGGUAGCAGAGCUAGAUCGCUUAUGCUAUUUCAGACAAGUGUUGAAGCUAUUAAGUUCCCAAAAAGACCCGAAGAAGACGGUGGGGCUCCAACCCAGCAGCAGCAAUGA